AUGUCUGAGCAACCACCUCCCUCCUUUGGAGGCGCUCCCAACUACAACCAGCAAUGGCCGCCCGCUUAUCCCGCGAUGAUGCCCCAGAAUUUCUCGAUCCCCCAGGAGUAUUCGGCGGUCAAUAACCAGCAGAAUCAUGGCGCGCCAUUUGAUCAUAACAUGAGCAGUGUGGACGCGAAUUCACGCAUGCCAGCUUCCAGUGAUGGUCUGAAUCCAGCAGCGUUCUUCCCACCUCAGUUUCCAUUCUUCAAUCAGUUCGAUUCCUCGCAAUUCCCGCCUAAUUUUUCCCCCAUGCAUCUCGCCUCAAUGGGAUUUCCCCCGAUGCCCAUCCCACCUCCGUCCUCCGCCGCACCUUUGCCGCAACAAACCACUCAACAACAAUUUAAGUCAACAUUCGUCAAACCGCCACAGUCUAAAAGGAUACCAAUUCGAGCACCGCCCAGUCGUGAGGAGGGAGAAGUCAGUGAGCCAGUGAACGAAAAGCCACUGAAGUCGAGUCGCAAACCUUCACGGCAAUACUCAGACUUGGAAGAAGGAGAGACCAUGUCCUCCAGUGGGCGCUCUUCUAGGAGGAGCAGUGGAUCACCCUACAACCCCCCUCUCUCUGUCUCAGCAGACCCUAGUAUCAUUCAACGCGCGGUGGACACACAGACCAAACCAACGAAAUCGGCAGCGCAGCUACGCAUUCAAGCCCAGGGCGCUUUACUCAGCUUGGCUCCUCAUCAAAUUAGGUACAAGGAACUGGCUGCAGAGGGUAUCAACCCUGUUGUUUUGAAACGCCUCUACGAAGAAGUGGGUAUCAAAGUUACCCUUGAUUCCGACUCCACAGUUUCGACUCGUGAGGGUCCAUCUAGUAUCACUCAACCCGACAAGUCGUCGCCCUCCAUCAAAGAACCUCAGAGCUCAUCGAAGGCAAACAUCCCUGCUUCUCAGACUGCCGUAUCUGCGGCUCCUGGAUCGAAGUCCUCCAAACCUAUGGAGCGAAAAGAGCUCAUCGCUCAGAUGCUAGCUGAGAAAGCCGCCAAGGUAGCUUCCAAGGAACCUUCGCCUAUCGAUAGAACCACUUCUGCGCCCGUUGUCUCAGAAGCCCGUCCUCCGAAAGAGAAAAGCAAAGCUCAGACAGAGUUAGCCAGGCAGCGAAUCGAGGAACUCAAACAGAAAGCAUUGCUCAAGACCAAACAAAAGCUGCAGGAAACUCUAUCGCCCAGCUCUCAAGAAGCUCCGGCGCCGGCUAUUCAUCAUCCGCUACCUGUCCGACCCCCUGUUCCAGAAUCCCACGCCCCUGCUGGGCUUCCUGGGCUUCUCAUGUCUUCAGGGCCUUCGCAGCAGGCCGAGGAAGCUGUUCCUGAUUCCACACCGAUCUCUCGGACAAUUCAUCGCAAACGUCCUCUAGCGUCUGAUUUUGACGAGCCAUUCACAAAUUCAAAGAAACAUUUCAACCCAACCGUCGAUCGCUUCAAGCCUGCUGACAAACUUAUCAUUGCAAUCAGUGAUGAUGAGUCUCUCUACGGCGACGACGAGGAUGAUCAAAUGGAAUUGGAUUCUGGUUCAGAACGGGAAGCGACUCCCCUAGUCAGUUCGGCCAACACCAACCCCCUAGCCUCGGGGCAUUUAUCAAGCACACGAGCUUCGACCUCCACUCCGCAGGCAACUCCCAGCUUGAAUGAUCAAGGUCACAUCCAAUCGAAAGAUCUGCAGAUUCAGGAAAUGCGACGUAGGAUCGCAGAGCUGGAACUUCGUCGAAAGUCCAAAUUAGCUGCCAGCCAGACCCAAUCACCUCACACUCCUGACGACUCCAGCGCUUCGACAAGUGCCCCAUCAAGCUCAGCCGACGUCGGAGUUUCCGAUGCCGGUGUAUCCAUGGCUUCCCAUGACGGCCCUACAUCAAAGCCACAAACCCCCGCACUAGAGCCUUCGUCGGCUCAAACUAAUGAAAGCCCGUCUUUGGACACUGCCCCUGCCUCGGCUUCGUCUGAGUCUGGUUCCGAAGGCUCGGUCAUGGAGGAGUCUGAUGACAGCAGCAGCGAGAGCUCGGAUUCUAGUGAAGACGAGGAUGAUGCUUCCAGCUCUCCCGUGCCCGCCUCUCCUGUUCAUGUCGAUGUUCCUGCGGUAGCUGAGCCCAUGGACAUCGAAUCUUCACCACAAUCACAGCCCAAGGUUGCAAAUGUGAACGGCGAUCGCACAGACGAUAUGUCACAACGUGAAUCUUCCGUUGAGUCUGAAGCGUAUGAGCCGCCGGAGCCUGAAUCUGACGCACAGUCCGAAGGCUCCAGCUACAGCCCUCCUCCCUUCAGCCCAGCUCCCGAUCCCGUAGACAGCAUCGCAGCUUCGAUGCCUUCACUUGAUGCAGCUCAACCUACUGCAGAACUAACGACCGCCCCUCAGGUCUCCGAUGCACCAUCUCAGGUGGAUCUCCAGGCUGAGAAUCUUGGCGUCGAGAAUUCCUCUGCAGACCCCGUACCCAAGCAAUCGGCACACAAGUUCACGCCCUACACUAGUCCACUUCGAUCUUUCAAAGCCUAUCGCUAUCACCCCAAUUUCUCUGAAGAUAUUGCGAGUGGCUACCGCUCAUUAACUUACAGUCAUAACAUCGACUCGAUGAAAUCUUUAUGUCCAUAUGAAGUUUCCGGGGGCGUUUGCAACGAUCGAUCUUGCGAGUUUCAGCAUCUUCGGGAUCUCUCUUUAAGCGACGACAAGAUCCUCAUCCAAAUGGGUUCUGCCCGAGAGGGACAAACCGAAGAAGAAAAAGAAACAUAUCUCGCUGGUUUGAAGGAGAUCAUCAAUGAUCUCCGGCGUGAUAAGGUGAAAGAUUUCAACACUGUGGCCUCAGAGAUAGCCGCAUACCGUAGGCGCUUCCUCCAAGACCCGUCGCGCGUCUUAUCCCUGUAA